UUAUUGUGCACACAGGACGUCCCAGUGCAGGUCUCUACAGAGGCUGAUGCUGAAGGAAUGCUGCUCAUCUCGACCGACUCCACAGCUCAGUGAAAGCUUUUGUAAAGGUCUUGUCUCUAAGCAGAAGUCUGGAUUUUCUAGUUAAGUUAGUAACUUAACUAUCGCCCAUCUGCUGUGCACGGCACCCGACCCGACAUAUCAACCGAUUCAUCGGACAGUUAAAAUGAAAAGGAACAGCGUUUAUAGAUUUUUAUCAGUAUUUUCUUGUCUAAUUGUCUGUGUUUUCCUCUUGUUUUGGGUUUUUGUCUUUUAUUCGAUGGUUUUGGCACCUUAAGAUUUUUUGGGGGACUAUUACACAGCACAAGAGGACUUGGCACCCAUAUAAAGCGUUGGUUUGCGGAUGGUUAACGAUAUUUGCCAGCACUGUUUACAGAAGCAGGACAAUAUGAUGCUUUAAAACAUUUAUAUGAAAAGCGUGUAUGCUAACACCGAUUAAGAUUCUACAGUCUUUUAAUUGUCAAAAUAUUACAUUUAAAGCAUGAACUAGUCGUGGCACCAGCGAAAACGGCACCUUAACUUACAUUCUGCAUGCUCUUGUUUCUCAUUAAAAUAAUUUUCAAGUAAUUUGUGAAGCGCUAGCUGUGUUCCGUACCAAAACAAACCGACUGCGCAUGCGUGCAAGCUGACCGUGGUCAUAUGACAUCAACCAGGAAGUGCUCGUCUGGAAUCAAACGCAUCAGUCCUGAUGGAAGCCCAGUCGAUGGAGAGAGGCGCAGCCGCCCCAAAGCUGCAGUUCGCCCCCUUCUGCAGUGCCCUGGAGGCAGGAUUCUGGCAUCAGCUCACCCAGAAGAAGCUCAACGACUUCCGCUUAGACGAGAGUCCCAAACACAUCAAAGGCUACUACUAUAACGGUGAUCCCGUUGGCUUGCCGACACGCUUGACACUGGAGUUCAGCGCAUUUGAUGUUGAUGGAGCCACACCUGCUCGCUGCUGUCCAGCUUCUGGAACUCUCUACAACACCAACACAUUAGAAGCCUUCAAAACCACCGACAAGAGAGCGCUGCUGGAGCAAGCAGCCAGUGAGAUCUGGAGCGAUAUUCAGUCAGGAGCUGUGCUGGAAGACUCCUCAAUCCUGAACAAAUUCAUCCUCUUGACAUUUGCGGAUCUGAAGAAAUAUCAUUUCUAUUAUUGGUUCUGCUUCCCUGCCCUUUGUUUUCUGGAGGGGGUCCAGCUGCUGCAGGUGCCGGUGUCAUUAGAGCACAGCUUCUCUGCCAAACAGAUAUCAAGCCUGCAAACGGCGUAUGAUGAUCUGUGCACCUCCAGGGGUACGACGGCAGUCCCUCAUUUUCUGCUCAAGUACACAGAUGAAAGUGUUGAAGUCGCUCCUCUCAAAGACUUGACCUCCUUCUUCCCAGACCUAAAGAAGAUUACCGUGGGUGUGUAUGACCCAUGCACACUCCCUCAACAUCCAGGCUGGCCUCUCAGAAACUUUCUCAUCCUCCUCGCGAAAAAAUGGGGUUCACAGCUGGAUGUGCUGGAGGUUCUGUGCUUCAGAGACAGGACUCUACAAGGGAGCCGCUCAGUUCAGCACAGCAUCAUCUUUCGGGUCAAGCUCCCAGACCUCACUGCUUCUGCAGUAUGUCCAAAGAGUGUGGGUUGGGAGAAGAACGCCAAAGGUGCGAUGGGACCUCGAAGUGUCAAUCUCAGUGAAUGUAUGGAUCCUAAAAGGCUCGCCGAGUCUUCCGUCGAUCUGAACCUGAAGCUGAUGCGUUGGAGGCUGGUCCCGUCUCUGGAUCUGGAUAAGGUCGUGUCCACGAGGUGUCUGUUGCUGGGAGCUGGGACUCUGGGCUGCAAUGUAGCAAGAACACUGAUGGGCUGGGGUGUGAGACACAUCAGUUUCGUGGACAAUGCGAAGAUCUCCUACUCGAACCCAGUGCGGCAGCCGCUCUAUGAGUUUGAAGACUGUCUGGGUGGAGGGAAGGCUAAAGCUCUCGCCGCGGUGGACCGACUACAGAAGAUCUUUCCUGGUGUGCAUGCGGAGGGCCACACCAUGAGCAUCCCAAUGCCAGGCCACCCAGUGAACUUCUCUGAGCAGACGAUGACUCAAGCUCGGCAGGACGUGGAGCAGCUGGAGAAGCUCAUCUCUGAACACGAUGUGGUCUUCCUGUUGAUGGACACUCGUGAGAGCCGCUGGCUUCCCACCGUCAUCGCUGCUAGCCAGAGAAAGUUGAUAGUUAAUGCUGCCCUGGGGUUCGACACGUUUGUGGUAAUGAGACACGGCCUUAAGAAAGCCAAGGAGUCCUCGUCUGAAGAGUCCAGCCCCAUGUCUGCCUCCUCCAGCUCCUCCUGUUCCUCCACACCUGCAGCCUCCAUCACACCAGGAGCGUCUCUAUUCUCCAACAUCCCUGGACAUCGUCUCGGCUGCUACUUCUGUAAUGAUGUGGUCGCCCCUGGGGACUCUACCAGAGACAGGACUCUGGACCAGCAGUGCACAGUGAGCCGUCCCGGUCUGGCCAUGAUCGCUGGAGCCCUGGCCGUGGAGCUGAUGGUCUCUGUACUCCAGCACCCAGAGGGAGGUUAUGCAGUGGCCAGCAGCAGUGAUGACCGGAUGAAUGAACCCCCGACCUCGCUGGGUCUCGUCCCCCAUCAGAUUCGAGGAUUCCUGUCAAGAUUUGACAACGUUCUUCCUGCAAGUUUGGCGUUUGACAAAUGCACCGCAUGCUCGCAGAUAGUUCUUGAGAACUACGAGCGAGAAGGUUUCCAGUUCCUGGCCAAGGUCUUUAACUCCUCCCACUCCUUCCUGGAGGAUCUGACCGGCUUGACUUUGCUCCAUCAGGAGACUCAGGCCGCUGAGAUCUGGGACAUGAGUGAUGACGAGAGCAUCUGAAGGACUCUGGACCAGACGGCUGGAGACUCUUCGCUUCUCCUACAUUGGUCUUCAGACACAGGAUCCUUCAUGCACUUGUUGAUAUAUUUGUCUUAACCAUUAACGUGAAAUCACAUUAUAGCUGUCGGUGAUGGUUCGUCAGCACGAAAGCGAUGAGAAUAAACAUGAUGUGAACUGCUCCGGUCUAGAUGCCCAGGCCAGUGUUGUUCUGUCUGUAAAAGAUAGCUCACUCAAAAAUGAGGAAUGUCAUAAUUAACACACCCUCAUGUUGUUCCUAAACUCAAACUCUCUGUUCAUACUAGAAACACAAAAUUACUGUAUUUUCCGGACUUUAAGUCGCACUUUUUUUCAUAGUUUGGCUGAAAAACACGUCUGAAAAAUACGGUAGUCUUCUUUUCUCUCUCUCUCUCCAUACCAGCAACUGUUUAGUUCUCAACAUUAAGAAACUCAUACAGGUUUACAGCAAUUUGAGGGUGAGCAAAUGAUGGCAGAGUCUUUAUUUUUGGGUGAAUUUCCCUGCCCUAUAUAUAUAUAUAUAUUUUUUUUUUUUUUUCAGGAAAUCGUCAGCCGUCACUGUCAGGGCAGUUAAUUUGUCACAUAUGGACUAAGAUGCUUUGUCUUCAGGCAGUUAUAACCCUGGCCUGAUGUUCAUUAUGUGUGUGUUAGAUUAUGGCAGGUGUCUGGUUUGUGUUCAAGUGAAUGUGCUCAUCUCUGGUGUCACUCAUCGCUCUCCUACAGUCUAGACAUGUGCUAUUGGUGUUUUAUUAGCAUUUGUUUGCAUAAUAAAAGUAUAUGCACAUAAUCAA